GGGUGCUCUAAAUUUCGUCACAGCACCCACUUGUAAAGCCGUGCGCUAGAGUCAAUAUAUCUCAACCCCAUUGGCGACCAGACGUGAUUGACGCGUCGUCCACCAAACCACCAGAACUACCACUCUUGCCAUCGACCUUUCCGCCAUAACAACAACAACAACAAAAACCACAGACACACCAUGGCCGACUCCUCCGACGAGCUCGAUGUCGGCGAGCCUCCCGCGAUCGACCCGUACGAGGAGCUCGGCCUCGAGCGGUCGGCCACGGCCGACCAGGUCAAGGCGGCCUACCGGAAAGCGGCGCUUAAGCAUCACCCGGACAAGGUAGCCGCCGACAAGAAGGCCGAGGCGCACGCCAAGUUCCAGUCCAUCGCCUUCGCCAACGCGAUCCUGUCGGACCCGGCGCGGCGCAAGCGGUACGACGAGACAGGCUCGACGUCCGACUCCAUCGUCGACGCGGAUGGUUUCAGCUGGUCCGACUACUUCGCCGAGCAGUUCCGCGACGCCAUCUCGUCCGACGCCAUCGAGCGGUUCGCGAGCGCGUACAAGCGCUCAGACGAGGAGCGCGACGACCUGAUGGUCGCCUACGAGGAGGGCGAGGGCGACAUGGAGCACGUCUACGAGGUCGUCAUGCUCAGCGACCCGCUCGCCGACGACGACCGGUUCCGCGCCAUCAUCGACGCCGCCAUCGCCGCCGGCACCGUCCCCAGAUACGACGCCUACGCCAACGAGACCAAGGCGGUGCGGCGCGCGCGCGCCAAGAAGGUGAGCAGGGAACAGAAGGAGGCCGAGGACUACGCCAAGGAGCUUGGGGUCCACGACAAGCUGUUCGGGGGCGGCGACAGCGGCGACAAGGCAGCGGGCGGCAAGGGGAAGGCGGCCAAGGCCAAGGGCAAAGGUAAAGGCAAGUCGGGCGAGGCGGAUGAGAGCGCCCUAGCCGCCCUCAUCUCGAAGCGCCAGGCCGACCGCGGCUCCGACUUCCUAGACCGCCUGGCCGAGAAGUACGGCGCCCAGCCCAAGCGCAGCAAGAAGCGGGGCCGCGCCGACCUGGACGUGGACGAACCCCCUGAGGAGGCCUUCCAGGCAACUGCCGCCCGCAAGGAGAAGAAGCAGGCAGCAGCCCCCAAGGCGACUAGGUCAAAGAGAGCUAAGCGCUGAACGGGCCCAGGCUCUGAAGCACACUAUUACGGGACAUUAUUGCGUGGCAGGGCGUUCUGGAUCUUGUAGCGUUGUUUUUUAUAGUCGGAAGGAUUCAUACCACAUGGAGGUCGGAGUUUCGCCUUGGGUUUUCUGUUUUCUCAUGAGGGGCUGCGAGGAUGCUUCACUUGUCACAAUAUCUAAGGAAUUUGGUACCAGGCUAGAUUGAACUGGAUCAGUUACUUCAUCCAUCACUUUCUCGUGCA